AUGUCCAUACGUCCGGUUAUCGCCAUUGCCGGCCUCGCCUGUGAAACAUCCACGUUCUCUCCCGCGCGAACCAAAACCCCGGGUGCAUUCCAUCCCAAGCGUGGACAGGAAAUUAUCACCGAGUAUCCCUUUUUGCAAAGUGGUAGGCCCCUCGGUGAUGCUGCCAGCUGGCAUGGCGCCCUCAUCGGCCACGCCCUCCCAGGGGGCGUCGUCGUGCGAUCGGUGUACGAGACCCUGGUCGAGGAAAUUCUGAACCGACUGGGGGAGAUAGUCGCGUCAACAGCUAUCCAUGGCCUCUGGCUCGAUAUCCAUGGCGCCAUGUGCGUCCAGGAUCUCGAUGACGCGGAGUCAGACCUCCUCGGCCGGGUUCGGUCGGUCAUUGGCCCCGACGUCCUGGUCUCUGCCUCCAUGGACCUCCACGGGAACGUGUCGCACGAUCUAGCCCACCAGACGGACCUGAUUACUUGCUAUCGGUCGGCACCGCACGAGGAUGAGCUCGAGACCAAAGAGCGUGCCUGUCGCAACCUCGUCGAUCUAUUCAGUCGCGUCCCGCCAAUCCCCCGACCGCUGAAAGCAUGGGUCCCCGUCCCAAUCUUACUUCCCGGGGAACAAACAUCCACCCGUGUGGACCCCGCCAAAAGCCUCUACCAGCUCGUGCCUCAAGUGGAGACCCUCCCGCAUGUCAUCGACGCCGCUAUCUGGGUUGGAUAUCCCUGGGCCGAUGAGCCGCGCAACCGCGCCGCCGUCGUGGUGACCGGAUGGGACUGGAAGACAGUGGCCGGUGGUGCUGAGAAACUCGCGCAACACUUCUGGGAGGAUCGCGACAAGUUCCACUUUGUUGGUCCUGCGGGGUCUUUCGCCGAAUGUAUCAACACGGCGUUGGCUUCUCCCGCGCGACCGUUCUUUAUCUCCGACUCGGGCGAUAAUCCCACCGCUGGUGGAUCAGGCGACGUCACGUGGGGGUUAACGCAGCUGUUGGCGUUCUCUGAAUUUCAGGGUCCUUCCGGUCCGACUGUCAUCUAUGCUAGUGUGCUAGGGCCCAAGGCGGUGCAGACUAUGGUCGAGGCAGGGGUGGACGCGACCGUGACGGUCACUGCUGGAGCCGAGGUCGACGAUUUACACGCUGGCCCGAUCACCAUGACCGGACGGGUGCAUGCUAUCAAGCACGGUGACCGAGAUGCUAUCGUCGAAGCUGUCCUCCAGGUGGGCACCGUCUUCGCGAUCCUGACCCAACUGCGGAAACCGUACCAUCAUGAGCACGACUUCACAAACCUACAACUGCACCCGCGUUCGGCGGCCAUUGUGGUCGUUAAGAUCGGGUACCUGGAGCCUGAACUCCACAAUAUGGCGGCAGAUUGGAUGCUGGGUCUGACCCCAGGAGGGGUCGAUCAGGAUCUGGAACGGUUGGAUCAUCGUCGUAUUCGUCGUCCUAUGUGGCCGUUUGAUAAGGAAUUCCCCAAUCCUCCAAACUUGUCGGCUCGGAUGAUUCCUGCUUCUAAUGAGCCGGCGAGGGAGCCUGAAGAUUGGGUGUGGGUUUAGCACCAUAGACUCGUCUUUUUGGAUUGCAUAUAGGCC